GAAAAACGAAACUCAGUGAUGAGGAGGACCGCUCCCGAUGACAUAUAGGUGGAAAUAUUCGAGAGCCACCAUAGUUUUCAUGCUUAUCCCCAUCAUCCAGCUGCUCAGACCAAAUGAAGAAAAGCUGGACACACUGAUGGGUUAGAACAUUCUGCGCUGAUGUUAGCAUUGUUACCGCAUCACCAUGUCGGUGAGCGACUCCAUCCUGUCUUCUCUGCUGUCAACUCAUGACCUGAAAUUAGCCUGCUCGUGCUGCUCUGUCCAGAAUAAGCAGGUGACGUACACCAUCAGAUCUGUCCAGCACCAGUGUGCGCACACGUUGCUGCUCUGCAGGGUCAAAGGUGGCAGCCUGUGGAGGCCCAUUUCCAGACGACCAACGCUCCCAAUUCCGAACCGCUAUGAAGUCUGUUGGCACUUUAAGGAGGGCCUCGGCUGCACGGUGCACAAGAACCGCUGCACCUUUGCAAGUAGCAUUGAGGAAGCUGCUGUGUGGAACUUUGAAAAGCAGCAUAGGCUUGACCACCAGCAUCUCUGUAGGCUGUUAACCCUGUCUGAGCGAGGACCUGAGCAGCCAAACAGCGCUGCUCCAGUACCUGCUCUAUCAGCAGUUCUCAAUCUGAAGGCUGCGUGUAAUUUGUGCUCUGUCAAAGUAAACGAAAAAACCUAUGAAGUCCUGACAGUUGUACACAAGUGUGAGAGGAAUCUACUCUUAGCCAAAGACAAAGUCUCCAGGCAGUGGAAGCACAUCUCUGAGCGGCCCACCGGUGGAAAGAUCGGUUCAAAUGUUCUCUACAAAGUCUGUGACUAUUUUGUGGAGGGUUCAGGAUGCACUCAGCACAUUUUGGGUCAGGGAUGCACUUACGCCAAAAGUUCUGAAGAGGCUGUCAUAUGGAACUAUUUAAGAGAGCAUAGGAUAGAUCAAUCUGAGUUAAUCCGACUCCUGGCUGAGUCAGAAUCUGUUCCGAUAACACCUGAACGAGCAGCUGAAAAAAUCCUCCAGCAGUUUUCUGGAGAAUUUGUUCAGCUCUGCAAACAUUGCUUUAAUGAGCGUCCACAGAAACUGACGACUAAACGUUGGAACGAAACUUGCUCUGCAGAUGCAGCGCACACCUGGGACCCAGUCUUAGUUCAUCACCUGUCAGAAAACACAAAGCACAUCUACAACCAAAUCCGCUCUCUUCCCAACAACUGCCAGUUUAAGUUCUGCAGCCAUGUCAGGCAAGGAAAGCCCUGCUGGCACCAGGCCGGCCACUGCCACGCAGCCCAGAGUGAGGUGGAGAUGGCUGUGUGGAAGGCGGAGCACAGUGGGCUAUCCGUUCAGCCUUACGUCGUGCAGCUGAGCCCGUCGCAGAAGACCCAGUCCAGACAUGUCUCCAUGUUCUGCAAAGUUUGUCUCCUGGUGCUGUCCUCUCCAGAGAGUUUCUACAAGCACUGCUCCUCCUCAGAGCAUGCCCAGCUGCUGGCCCAGGACACCACCACCAGGUGGAGAAAACGCCAGCCUCCACACAGCCGGCGGGCCGAUUUCUGGCUCUGUGACAGACCACAGAGCUGCGAAUAUGGUCUUUACUGUCCCAAAGCUCACUCUGAGGAGGAGCUGCAGGAGUGGAUGAUGCGAGCUGCAGACGAGGAGGAGAUCAGAUGCAGCAUCCAAGACCAGGGCCUCAUGUGCUACAACCAGAGGCUACUGGACGAGUACAGGAACAGCAGCGGGGACGGGGACACUAUGUGUGAACAAGUUGACGACGUCACCGUCUCCUGUGAUGAAGAUCUAAUUGUGGAGUGUGAGGAGGUUGGAGCAGCCUUGAAGUGGAACUUCCAAGUUGAGACAGAGAGACAGCUUGUGCACGUGGGGUUGUUGAAGCAGGAACCAGGAGCUUGGUUCAGCCUGGAUGACAGCAGCUCUGUCCAGUGUGUCUACUUGUCAGAUCAGCAGAUUGUCAGCGGAAAUGGGACCUACUCCAUCACUGUGUCAUUUACAUCUGUCCACCCAGGCCUGUAUGAACAGUGGUUAGUCAUGGACUUUGACAUGAGGCCGGUGCUCCUGAAGAAACUCAAAGUCAGAGUAGGCGAGUUGUCAUCAGAUGAACCUGAACAGCCAAGCUCAUUUCAAGGAGCCACCUUUCAAAGUGUAGAACGCUGGAACAGAGGGAACAGGGUGGUCAUCCCCUGUUCAUCCAGGACAGAAGAACAGGAGGAGCUCCUUAAGAAGUACAAGCCCCAACAGAUGAAUUACAUGCACAAAUCCUCCCACAAUAAACCAACACCUCUGACCAAGGACAACUACAGAGAAAAGAUGCACCAAUUCCUGUAUGAUGAGGAGCAAGCAGAGGACCAGGUGGUCUCCAGGCUAAAUGUUUGUGGAGUAAUGACAACAACAGACAAGUUAAACAGUGCAUGGCCUCCUCCAGGAGAGCUGUUCUGUUCAGUGCCAAUUCCCUGUAACCUCACAGUGGAAAGCCCUGAGGGACUGGUACUGAAACGAAGCAUCCGCUCAGCUCUGAUAGCCCCUUUGAACUCCCAUCAUCCAAACUCUAAAGUCUAUGAAGCCAGCGUUCUGACAUACAGAACUAUCAGAAGCCACUUGUAUUUGCAGUUGUCUAAACAAUGCUGCUCUGAUCUGAAGCUCAGAGGCAGUGAGUCGCACCAGGUGGAGGUUCAGUUUCAGUUGGACCGCCACAGCUUCUGCACCAUGCACAAAGCUGUAGACCUCCUUCCUGACACAAGCAGAGUUCUUCCAGACCUUAGGAAGUGUGGUGUUCCUGUCAGCGAUGUCGCCUACAAGGAGCUCAACCCAAAGCAGCAAUCAGCAGUUGCCUUCACUGUGGGGAACUGUGAUGGGAAACAGUCUGUGGCACCUCUCCUCAUAUAUGGACCUUUUGGAACAGGGAAAACCUUCACCUUAGCAACAGCUGCCAUAGAGCUUUGCAAGCUCCCUCACAACAAAGUGCUGAUCUGCACCUAUACAAACAGUUCUGCAGACCUGUACGUCAGAGAUCACUUUCAUCCUUUCAUCAGAAAGAACCAAAAUGGACUAAGGCCAAUUCGAAUAAAAGCUAACAAACAUGGCAGCGCUUUUUCUGCCACUGACAAGAUCACUCUGAAAUACUGUUUCCUCUCAGAGGACAGACAGCAUUUCCGGCCACCUACUAAAGCAGCCCUGGAUGACCACAACAUAGUCAUAACUACCACAACAAUGGCGAGACAUUUUCAUGAGCUAAAGCUUGCAGUGGGAUAUUUCACCCACAUUCUCAUUGAUGAAGCCUCUCAGAUGCUGGAAUGUGAAGCCUUGAUGGCUCUUGGUCUUGCAGGGCCAAACACUCGAGUGGUCUUAGCUGGUGACCACAUGCAAAUGGGCCCCCAGCUUUUCUCAGUGGAAGAUCACCGUCGUUCAGAUCACACAGUCCUGACUCGCUUGUUUCAUUACUAUCAAGGCCAAAAGUGUGAUGCAGCCCAGAGCAGCCGCAUCAUCUUCAGUGACAAUUACCGUUCAACCAAAGAAAUAGUGGAGUUUGUGUCCACCCAUUUCUAUGUUGGUAAAAACGAUGUCAUUACAGCUGCUGGAGAUAUUCCAGCUCCUGCAAAUGGCCAUGCCCUGAAGUUCCGCCAUGUCAGGGGGAAAUGCCUCUUGGACACUAUGUCCAUGUCCUGGUACAACAGACAAGAAGUUGCUGAAGUGCUCAAAGCCGUCAAAGAUAUUCUCACACACUGGCCACCAACCUGGGGGCCCAAGGCCCAGACAUCCAUCUGUAUUCUGUCAGAAGGUUUCCAGGUUCCACAAAUUAGGUCAUCACUCUCGAGUCAAUGUCUCUCUGAAGUCAAUGUUGAAACUCUUGCAAAUGUCCAAGGAAAACAGUUCAGGGCAGUCAUUCUGACAGCUGUACAGACACGUGACAGCCUUGAAACAUCCCACCUGCCUGGUCUGCCACUGUUCAAUGAUGCCCGGGUGUUAAACACGGCCAUGACCAGGGCUCAGUCUCAGGUGGUUGUAGUUGGAGAUGCUGCGGCCCUCUGUUGCUUUGGAAAAUGCUCACGAAUCUGGAAGAGCUUCAUAGACCACUGCAUCAGCAACAAGAGCAUUGCACCGCUACAUUACUCCAAAGACUUCUUUGAAAAAGAUGUCAUGGAAACUUCUAGGUUUCAAAAGGUUGAACAUGUGGAUGAGAGCAACAGUCUUAGCGAUGCAAUUCUUCAGGAGCUGAAAGAUGAAUAUGAACAGCUGAAAACAGAGUACAGCUCAGAUGAAGACAUUUCGGGAUGUGAAGACUCAAACCAGAAGUCAAGGGAAUCAUACAAAGUGACUGAUGUUCAGAAAGAUCUCUUGGAGUUAUGUGAGAAAUAUCCACAAACGUACAAGCGAGGAAAGUUAGUCAGGGAGUUAUACAACAGAGGUUAUGUUGUACCAUUUCAUGACCAGACCAGACAGAUCAGUAUCCAGGGGAGAGCAAAUCUAGGGAAGGCGUUCACAGGAGACGAAGUGGUUGUACAAAUACCAAGUGGGAAACAGGCAGCAAGGGUGGUUAGUGUCAUCAAGACAGAUGAAUCUGCACGUGAACUGGUUUGCUUUCUUGAGGGUGCGGAUCACAGCAAGACAGGAAAUAACGUUUCAAGCAUUUUUAUCAAAAGAAUGAUGGUACCCUUCAAAAGAAGUGCACCUAAAGUUUGCAUUCUGAUCAGCAAAAAAAAACGCAACUUCAUACCAAUAUGGGAGGAAACUGAAGGGUACAGGACCAUCAAAGAAUUUCUGCCUCUGAAAGAAAUCAGAGACAGUGUCUUUGUAGUGCAAGUGAUUGGCUGGAAAGAUACUUGUUUCUAUCCUCUGGGGAAUGUAACAGAUAUUCUCCCAAAAACUGGACCUGGGAAUGACAGGUUUUGGCUGCUGAAAGAGGAGUUUGGAGUUGCAGCCACCCCAGCUGAAACCACUGAAGGCCUGUCCAUGGCAGAUCAAGAUGCUUCAUAUAGACAGAAUGAAACAAAGACUUUCACUUUCACUGUUGAUCCAGCAGAAGCAGCAGAUCUAGAUGAUGCCAUCAGUGUCAGGGAUACAGGAGACCAUUAUGAGUUGGGAAUCCAUAUUUCAGAUGUGGCCAGUUUUGUAAGAGCAGGUAGUCCAUUAGAUACGAAUGCAGAAGAACAAGGUUGUACAAAGUAUGGUAAAGGACAAAGUCCCAUUCACAUGUUCCCUGAGAGCUUGAGCACUGGAUGCCUCAGUCUUCUGAAAGAUCAGGAUCGUAGGGUGAUCUCACUCAUGUUCAAAGUGCAAAAGGAAACACAUGAGAUUGACGGUAAGCCCAUAUUUCAGCUGUCCAUGAUCAAAUCUGACAGGCAGCUAUCUUAUGAAGAGGCUGAGGACAUCAUCUCCCAAAGAUACAAAGAAAAGUGCAAGUUUGAUACACUGGAGGACUGUGUCAGUGUGGCCUACUGCUUUACAAAAGCCAGAAGGAGGAGUAGACUUUCAGACUGGGCUUAUUCUCAGUGUGAUGACAGAUUGCCUGGGAAGCGCAAAGCUCAUCUGAUGAUUGAAGAAAUGAAUGUGUUAUUUAACGCACAUGCCGCAGACACUUUGCUUGAUUCCGACAGAACCAGGUCCUACAUCCCACUCCGCUGUCAGAAGGAACCAGAUUCCGACAAGAUAGAAAAUUUCAAGAAGGAAUGUGGAAAAUUAAUUCCAUUGUCUUUUCAUGUGCGGCCCAAAGUUAACGUUGAUGAACAGGUCGAAGGACAUGAAAGUUUCCGCAUACUUACUGAAGUGUGGGAAGAUAUUCUGUCAGCUGUCAGAGCUGAUGAUGUAGACAAAAUGGUGGACUUGGUGGCUGCAGAUGACAUUCAUCCUCUGCUCCAGCCAGUCAUCAAUCAGUUCAAACGAUGCUGCAGUAAAGCGUAUGUCAUGCGCUCAAACUCCUCACCUGAAGCACAGGUUGGCCAUUAUUCUCUGAGUUUACCGGCUUAUACACAAGCUUCAUCACCCAUAAGGCGCUACAUGGAUAUCAUCUUGCAAAGACUCCUGCACUCAGUCAUAUGUGACAAGCCUGUCCAGCACACUCGAACAGAGAUCACAGGUCUGUGUAGUCAGUUUGAUCUCAACAUCAAGAAAGCCAAAGAUUAUGAGCAAAAGACUGAGCAGGUCUUCUAUGCAGUAAGCAUGAAGACACAAAGUGCCCCAAAGUUAGCGUUUGUUGUUUGUGCGGAUCAGGAAGCAGGCAGUUUGGCCAUUUCAUUUCCUUUCAACAGGAAUAUAUUUCCUGUUACCAUGUUGGUCAUGUACAAUGAUUUACAACUAGAGGACCAACCGAUUUCUGACGAAGCAAGUCGCAGCAUCACACUCAAAUGGAAGAGACGGAUCUAUGCAGCUGACUCCAUGCCAGUCCAGGAGCUGAAUUUGAUGCCAGCUCAUGGUCCAUAUGUUAAGGUUCCAAUGACAGUAUGGAGAAGUGUAAGUCAAGCAAUUGAAGAGAAAAAUUUUGAAGAUGCAAAGUCUCUCUUGAUGAAUGCUAAUGCAAGGAAUCAGAUUAUUUUGCCCCCACGCUCUGCACCUCCUCUUCCCCAGACUAACACAUGUUCCUCUGAGGUUCAACAAGCUUCCAGCAAACAAAGUGAGCAUUGGGUUGACAUUCUCCUCCAGCUGCAGCCAGGUGACACUCUUAAGGUCCAAAUGACCUCUGAGGAGAAGAGAAGUUCCAGCAUACCCUGUGUUCAGUUGGUGCACAUCAGACCAAAGUUUGAGAUUUGUGUAGACCACGUCCACAGCCCCAUCACAUGCUUCUCCAAAGUUGCUCAUGAUCUAUCGAGGACCGACUAUGCUGAUAUUGAGCAGUAUGUGCAUAUCUGGAAACCAAUGUGUAAGAUGGAGUCUGCCUCCACUGCAGUGGACGAAAGCGACAGCAUCAUCAUCGAGAACCUGGUGGUGAACCUUAGACAAGAGCAGACUGGCAUGCUAACAGGAAACUUCUUCCUACAUGAAAAGUGGAUCAAGGAAUGGGUCAUCGAAUGCAACCUUGCACAGUGCUUUUUGUGCAUACGAAAAAGAGGUCUGAAGUUGACAUCAGUGCAGGAACACUCUGCACAGGUGGACCCAAAAGAGUAUACGUGGGUGGCCCACGGUAUCACAAGGACUGUGGAUGAAAAAAAAAAUGUCGGAAGCAAAGUGGAGUUCUAUGCCAAUCACUUGCCAAUGGAAAACAUUCCUGAUUGUGUUUUUGAGAAAGACACUCGUUUCACAGUUGAAAUAAUCCCAAAGCUCCUGCCUGACAUCCGGAAAGAAAAUGCCGUUAACAACCUGAGAAAAGCAUGUAACCUUGUUCAGAGCAUUAUACUUGGACAUCGAAUCCCAAAAGAGGUUCAACAGAGGAGUUUCGUAAAACAUCAAAUCAGGAACAAAAAGCUAUCGAGCAGACUGCCAGAGCUCAACGACAGUCAGAAUAUUGCUGUGGCAACUGCUCUAAAUAAUACCUUCACACUUAUACAGGGACCACCUGGAACUGGAAAGACAGUGGUGGGGGUGUACAUGGUGUGGUGGUUUUUUGAGAUGAACUCCACAAAGCCAAGAAAGUUUGAUGACCCAAAAGACAAAGAUAAGGACAAAAAAGAAGUUAUUCUAUACUGCGGCCCUUCGAACAAGUCUGUUGAUGUUGUAGCAGAGUACCUGAUGCGGUUAAAGGAGAGUCUACGGAUCCUCAGGGUCUACAGCCAGCAAGUAGAGAUGCUGGAUUAUCCUUAUCCAAACUGCACUCUGCAGUUUUCUCCAAGAACCUUCCGCCAAGAUCGUUCUAAGCCAGAGCUCAGGAGCAUCACUCUGCACCACCGCAUGCGAGAGGAGCCAAACCCUUCUGCAGGUAAAAUAAAGAAGUUCGAUGAGAGAAUUCGAGUUGGAGAAGAGUUGACUGAUGGCGAUGUGGAAGAAUACAAAAGACUCCUCAAAGACGCUCGAGCAUAUGAGCUUAAACAGCACGACAUCAUACUGUGCACAUGCACACAGUCGUCCACCCCCAGCCUGAUCCGCAAUGUCAGCGCACGGCAGAUUCUCAUUGAUGAAUGUGCAAUGGCCACUGAACCACAGGCCCUGAUCCCGUUAGUCUGCAACAAACCUGAACAGAUUGUUCUGAUUGGUGACCACAAACAGCUGCGACCCAUUGUGAAGAAUGAUCAUGUGAAGAAACUGGGGAUGAACAAGUCUCUUUUUGAGCGGUACUACGACAAACUCCAUGGAAACAGGGCUGUGAUGCUGGACACUCAGUACAGAAUGCAUGUGGACAUCUGCAAGUUCCCAUCAGAAGAGUUUUAUGAUGGAAAGCUGCGGACUGGUGUGGAGCAGCCAAGCAGUGUCCUACGUGUUGAAGACCGGACGAUGCCUGUGGUCUUUGGACACAUAAAAGGAGAGACUGUCCGUCUGGUGGUCAAGACUCACAAGGGCAACAACAACUCCAAAGCCAACCAGAGGGAGAGAGACGCAGUGGCAAAGAUUGCAGAGAUGUUGGUGCGGGAAGCCAAAGUGAAGGAGAAAAGUAUCGUGGUGCUUUCACCCUACAAUGCCCAAGUAUCAGAGAUCAGCGACGAGCUAAAGAAGAGGAAACUGGGAGGAAUCACAGUAACCACCAUCACAAAGAGCCAAGGGAGUGAAUGGAGUUACGUCAUUUUAUCAACGGUGUGCUCCCUUCCAAGCAAAGAGAUUAUGCCCGAACCCGACCGUUCCUGGUUGUCCAAACAUGUGGGCUUUGUGGGAGACCCCAACCAGAUAAACGUGGCCAUCACCAGGGCCAAGGAAGGACUCUGCAUCAUCGGCAACCAGAAGCUGCUGAGAUGCAGCAGAACGUGGAAUAAGCUCCUCCAGAACUACAGCGGUGUUGAUGCAGUCACCAAAGCUGAGAAGAUAUCAGUUCACGGUCACCGCUGAUCUUUCCCUCCGAUCGCUCCUCAAUGAGCAGCACCGGCUUUUCACAGUCAUUUUAUUUUAUCUUAUUUUAUGGAACCUUUAUCAAACCAGGCAGACAGAUGACAAAACAGACUCAGUUGUUGAAGACGGCUCAGAGGCCGGUUUGGAUCACUGCAGUAGCUCUUAAAUGUGCAGAUUUCUACUGUAUAAAACUCUCUGCAGUGUUUUUUAUGUAUGUGGACAGCCCUGUCUUUUUUAAUAGAAAUGAUUUCUUUUAACAUUUGACCAGUCUUUUCAUAUUGUGGGUGAUUCUUGUGAUUUUUAUACUGUGUGAUAUUUUUAUUGCUUGCUUAGCUGCUUUUCUUCAUUAUUAAAGUGUAACUCCAGCCCCUACUUUUUGCAUAACUCCACCCACUGCCACAUUUUGAAAAAUUGCCAGAAACUGCAAGGGUCGGGGUGCGAGGUGUGGGGGGGUCUGGGGGCAGAGGGUGGGUGGGUCACAAAUACACUGGCAGAAAUGAUUGACAGUCAGCGGCUCAGCGGCCACUAGCAAGAUGGAAAGCAAGAUUCACAAAGCACCCACGCCACAGAGCGGUAUUUGAGGUGGAAGACUUUUGCCCUCCUGAAUCUCCUCAGCUACACAUGAACAAGGUGGUCCUGAACCGUAUCAGUCUAAGCCGUUAGUGCUCUGUGCUGCCUGUGUCAACAACUCGCGGCAGGUUGUGGUAGCUGCAGGAGUGUAGCUGUAAGCUGCUGCUGCCCCGAUGUGAGCUGCUCCUUGUCGCCAGGUGAGGAUCAGCAGGUAAAAUCCAGUGUUACUUUUACACCCCUGAAAAGCACAAACCCGUCCAGUUCACAUCCAUGGGCGUGGUUUCUAUGCCUGCAAGGUGGAAACCUGCUUUUUUUUUUUGCAUCUGGAGGAGGGGCUGUGAGGAUUUUAAAAUUUUCUCAUGACACAGGAGAGGAGCACCAAGUUUACCUCUUCUUCAUGGAAAAAGAAAACCUGGUUUUUCCCUGUAGGGGGCGUUUUGAGUAAUUUUUUACCCACAAAAUCCAGUUUUUAAAGAAAUUAAAAAAUACAUUUUUAACAACUGUAUAGGUGGUUUUCAUCACAAUUAAUAUGUUAGGAUGCACUAUCUUUAAAUGAAGAUUAAAACAUUUUAUCAAGCU